UCUUCUCCCCCUCCUCCCCUCCGUUCCCUCGCGCCCCCUCCCCUUCUUUUUCGCCCCACCAGCACCAUGUCGAGCACCGCAAAAGACCUGACGGCCGGCACCGUCGGCGGCAUCUUCCAAGUCCUUGUCGGCCAGCCGUUCGAUAUCGUCAAAGUGCGAAUGCAAACGUCGCCUGCGGGGACGUACUCGGGCAUGAUGCAUUGUGCAGGGGGUAUCUUGAAGAACGAGGGGCCGCUGGCGUUCUACAAGGGUACCCUGUCACCCUUGCUCGGCAUCGGUGUCUGUGUCUCGAUCCAGUUCGGUGCUCUGGAGUACACAAAACGCAUCUUCCAAGCACAGAACCUUGCUCGCGGUGUCGGCGGACCAGACGGUACUGCCUUCGGCUCUGGGCAACUCUUCACCGCUGGCGUCGUUGCCGGUAUCGCCAACGGCAUCGUCUCGUGCCCCGUCGAGCACAUCCGUAUCCGCCUACAAACGCAGUCCGCUACGAAUCCCAUCUACAAAGGGCCCGGCGACGCGAUCUCCAAAAUCUUCCGCGAGCACGGCGUGGCGGGCAUCUUCAAGGGCCAGGGCGUCACCUUUCUGCGCGAGGCGACUGGCUACGGCAUGUACUUCCUCACGUACGAGAAGCUCGUGCAGCGCGAAAUGCGCGAGAAGAACAUCCGGCGAGACCAAAUCAGCCCGCUCAAUGCGAUCCUGUACGGCGCGCUGGCCGGGUAUGCGCUCUGGGCCGUCAUAUAUCCGAUUGAUAUGAUCAAGUCGCGGAUGCAGACGGACGGGUUCUCGCCAGCGACGGGGCAGAAGUACAAGAGUGCAGUCCACUGCUUGCGCACCGUCUGGCGGACAGAGGGGCUACCGGCGUUUACGCGCGGGCUUAUUCCUACACUGAUCCGUUCGCCCUUCGCAAACGGCGCGACGUUUUUGGGAUACGAGCUUGCGACCCGGGCCCUCAGCCAAGUAUAGAAGACCUACUAUAGACUGUAGAAUGUACAUACAAAAGGCAGCAUAGCACGGGUUUUCGCCCUAUACGCGGCAGUACGAGAUUCAACCCUACAGUCUCGGUGGUGAUAUCAGGGGGGAUGGGGCACUCCGCGGGAGCGGAGGAGAGGUCACUAUACAGUACAUAUCGUUACUGCUGUGCGUACGAUGAUGACGAAGGGCUAAAAGGCUAGCGCGCGCUUGAUAACGCCCAGAAUACUAGUCCGAGUCCAUGAUUUGAACGUUGCCUGUGCUGCCUCCUGAAUUCUGUAUGACCAGUUAUCAAUAUGCCUGCAUACCUAUGCA